GGCUGCUGCAUUGCUGAAGUCCAUAUCUAGUUCACCCAGUCUUCCAGACCACGUGCUCCAUGCUUUGAGACCCGGAGGACCUUGGUGUUCUGAAAUGAAGAUGGAGGCAGUGGGAAAAGCAGAAGAACUUGUUGAUUCGGAAGUUCCACCAAAGACUUCUGAAAAGCAAGAGGCUGCUCCUGAUGAAGACGGACCUAUAGAACUGGAGACACAAACUCAGAAAGACAACGUGCCCACUGCAGCAGACUCUGCGGUGCUCUCUUCAAUGCCUUGCUUACUGAUGGAACUGAGGCGAGACUCUUCGGAGUCUCAGCUAGCAUCUACAGAGAGCGAUAAGCCAACGGGUGGUCGAGUUUACGAGAGUGACUCUUCUAAUCAUUGCAUGCUUUCCCCUUCUUCCAGUGGGCAUUUGGCUGACUCAGAUACAUUGUCUUCCACAGAAGAGAAUGAGCCCUGUCAAGCUGAAGCUGCUGUAGAGGGAGACCCUUCUGCGGUGUCUGGGGUUGCAGUUGGGAGGAAAUCCAGGCGAUCCAGGUCCGAAAGUGAAACUUCAACAAUGGCUGCCAAGAAAAACCGACAGUCUAGUGAUAAGCAGAAUGGUCGAGUUACCAAGGUAAAAGGUCAUCGAAGCCAAAAGCACAAAGAAAGAAUCCGGCUCUUAAGACAGAAACGGGAGGCAGCUGCUCGCAAGAAGUACAACCUGCUGCAGGACAGCAGUACCAGUGAUAGUGACCUGACGUGUGACUCGAGCACAAGUUCAUCAGAUGAUGAUGAAGAGGUUUCAGGGAGCAGCAAGACAAUCACUGCAGAGAUACCAGAUGGACCUCCAGUUGUAGCUCAUUAUGAUAUAUCAGACACAAAUUCAGACCCAGAAGUGGUAAAUGUGGACAAUCUGUUGGCGGCUGCAGUAGUUCAAGAGCACAGUAAUUCUUUAGGAAAUCAAGACUCGGGAUCUACCUGGAGAACCAGAGGGCUGCUAGAUGAACUGAGUGCUGAUACAGGUCAUUUGGAUCCAGGCUUCCUUGCAAGUGACAAAACCUCUUCUGGUAACGCCCAGAUCAAUGAAGAAAUUAAUAUCGCCUCUUCUGAUAGCGAAGUAGAGAUUGUUGGAGUUCAGGAACAUGCCAGAUACAAGCGAAUUCAAACCCCCAAAGUAGAUGAGGGUAUUACGAAGCGGUUGAACAAGACCGGCAUUUUCAUACAGUAUGGAGGGUUUACUUGGUGGAAUAAAAGCAAGUUAAAGCAGUAUACAGACAAGCUCGUUCUAAAACUAGUCUGCUGCCUGGUGGAUGCUUGGAGGCGGAAAAGGGGUGUGAGGGGCAAGGAACAGAGCUGUUCCUCGCUGUCCCUUCACUGCAUCUUUCCUGAGGGAGGGAAGAAGGCAGGUGUACAGGACCCGAUUUCCCAGGCAGGAAACCGUACAGAUAGUGCGGGCACAAUCCAGUGCUGUUGGAUGUGA